AUGGCAACAAACACCAUUCUUCUCACACAACAAGACAAUGAUCUUGCGGAGUCUGCAACAAAAUGUAUUCAGCAGGCUACCGAACAUGCGUAUGACCAGAUGAAGCCUGAUGGCCACUGGUAUCUGGAAGUUCGCAGCAGCAUCUCCUUCACCGUACAAUGGCUAUGUAUUCGACAAAUCCUCGACAUGCCUUUGUCCGAAGAUGAGGCAGACAAGUUCCGACGCUGGCUGCUUUCCCAACAAAACACCGACGAUGGCUCCUGGGGUUUAGCACCGUCCGUUCACGACUGGGACGGAGAUGUCUCAACCACAGUUGAAGCCUACUUUGGGCUGAAGCUUCUCGGUACCAAUGUCAACAGCAAGCCCAUGCGCAAAGCAAGAGCUUUUGUUCUACGCCACGGUGGUGUUGCAAAGGUCGGCGUCUUGACACAAUUGGUGCUGGCACUUUUCGGCAUCAUUGCAUGGAAAGACAUGGCUCAGGUUCCUGCUGAGCUUAUGGCUCUUCCUGCCGGCCUUUCGCCAGUUAACAUUUACUCCUUCUCAUACUGGUCACGAGUGUCAGCAGUGCCCGUGAUGCUGCUUAAGCACCACCAACCGAUCUUUCCUUUGCAUCCCUUCGGAGCCGACGACAGCGAAGAGACCUUGGGAGGCAACUUCCUUGACGAGUUGUUUCUGAACCCGUUGAACCGGACUUUGAAGUCAAUCCCGCAACUUUCCACCUUGUGGAAGGAUGGUCAAGUUGGUCGCUUCGCCUGCACUUUGAUCGAUAAGGCGGCUAGCGUGGUUGAGCCAGUCUUGAAGAGGUCAAUGUUGCGCACCUACUGUCUCGACCAAUGCGUGCAGUACAUCGUCAACCAUCUCGACGCGGGAGGCUUUGGAUCUCUCACUAUCUCCAACUUCCUUUGCGUGGUUGGUCUGCACGCCGCCGGUUUCCCAGCAAGCCACCCCGUCAUGGGUCACUUGACGAGAGCUAUGGAAGACGCGCUUUGGGAGGACGCCGAUGGCCUGCGUAUGCAAGUGACGAUCGGGCCUGUGUGGGAUACGGCACUUAUGACUCUGGGACUACUUGAGACGGGGCUGGCCGAUGAUCGGACCGACCUUUCCAUCAAGUGGUUCAAAGACCACCAGAUUCUCAAAACACACGGCGACUAUCUGGUGACAAAUCCGCGAGCUUCCCUACCUGGUGGUUGGUCAUUCCAAUACUGUAACGAGUACUUUCCCGACAACGAUGAUACCCUUGUGUGCCUUUUUGCGAUCGUCAUGAGAAACCCCAAAGAAAUCAACUCUGCCUGUGGAGCUCGAGCUUUGAACUGGCUCCUGGCCAUGCAGGGCGGCGAUGGCGGAUGGGGUGCCUAUGACAUCGACAACACCAGCAAAGUCGCAAAUCUGUUUCCGUUCGCAGACGGUGUCGAGUUCUUCGAUCCCAGUGUUCCCGAUAUCACGGGCCGUGUUCUUGAGGUCCUCGGCUACAUUAUCACGGAACCAACCUGCUCAUCCAUCAUGCCUCCUGCUGUACUUCAACGCGUCCGUGAGGCUUGCAGAAAAGGCCUCCAGUACAUUGCGAAGUCACAAGACAAACUCACAGGAACAUGGUGGGCAAGGUGGCAUGUCAACUACUUGAACGGAACAAGCAGUGUUCUUUGCGCUCUUCCGUACUUGCAGUCAAUCGAACAACCAGAAGAAGGCAUCCUCAUCUCAGAGCCCCUCUCUUGGAUCAAGGCUGUUCAGAACGUUGAUGGUGGCUGGGGUGAGAGCCUAGGCACGUACAGGGAUGAGUCCUUAGCUGGCCGAGGACUCAUCUCGACACCCACUCAGACGGCCUGGGCGGUGAUGGCUCUUCUUUCUCAUUUGCCCCACACUGACCCGGCGAUCGAGAGAGGAGUUCAAUAUUUGCUUCGGACUCAAGUCGACUCCGAAAAGGGCGUCACUUGGGACCAAGAGGCGUAUACUUGA